UCCGGGACCUUGCAGAAACGUGAAAACUCCCUUAAGCCGCAGGUGCCGCGCAGGGCAUCCUGGAAGAGGCAGCGGCGGGAACCGCAGCCUGGCGACCCUGCAACCUCCCAGGUCUCACUGAUGAUGUGGAACAAAGAGCCCUGGAUGGUGAAGAGACAAGAGACAGACAGUAGCAAAGGAUCCAGGUACAAAAGUGCAGUAAGAGGAAACCCAGAGAAGGACAAUAGAGAGAAAUGGCUGGUUCUCCGAUAAAUACAUUCCAGGGUCGGUUCACAUUUCGAGAUGUGUCUGUGGACUUCUCCCAGGAGGAGUGGGAAUGCCUGGACUCUGCUCAGAGGGCUUUGUACAUUGAUGUGAUGUUGGAGAAUUACAGCAACCUGGUCUCUGUCGGUAUUAUUGUAUGCAAGACAAACCUGCUCCCCUGUCUGGAGCAAAUGUGCAUACCCUGGAAUAUGAAGAGAGAAGAGAUGGUGGCUAGACCAGGUAGAGAGAACUAUCGAAUGUGCAGUGAAUCUGAGAAGGUCUUGGAUCAAGACUCAAAGAGUAUCAUCUAUGAGCAUGUGGAUAUGCAGUGGAAGCCUAGUGACUGUAAGGAACUUGGCAAAAUGCUUCAUGAAUCCUCCGGAUGGAUACUUUGCAAAACAAAUACUACUCCAGAAAUCUGCAACAAAUACAGAUUUGGUAACCACAGGGAUGCCUGUAUUGAAUCAACAAACCUCAGUAGACAUAAAAGUAUGCACACUGGAGAAGAACCUUGCAAAUACAAAGACUAUGGCAAAGUUUUAAGUUUAUUUUCAAACAUAAGUCAGAGUCAUGGAAUCUACAUAGGAGAGAAAGAAUAUAAAGAAUAUGAUAAAACUUUUGGCUCUACCUCAAAACUUGUUCAGCUAAGAAUCCAUAGUGGAGAAAAACCACAGAAGUGUAUGAAAUGGAGAACAGGAUUCAAGACCUGCUCAAGCCUUAGUAAACAUCAGAGAACUUAUAUUGGAGAGGAACUGUGGAUAUACACAGAAUGUGACAAGGUCUUUAGGUGGUUGUCAGAUCUUAAAACCCAUUACAAAAUUCAUCCUGGAGAAAAGCCUUUCAAAUGUAAGGAAUGUGACAGAUCUUUUACCCUCUGCUCUUCUCUUAGAGAACAUCAGAACAUCCAUGAGAGAAAAUUGUACAAAUGUUGGGAAUGUAACAAAUCCUUUACCCGGUGCUCAUCUCUUAGAGCACAUGAGAAAAUUCAUACUGGAGAAAAACCUUUCAGAUGUAAGGAAUGUAUUAAGUCUUUUUAUAUGCUGUCCCAGCUUAGAAAACAUGCCAAAACACAUACUGGAGAGAAACCAUACAAAUGUAAGGAAUGUGACAAAUCUUUUACCUACUCCUCAUCUCUUAGAGAACAUCAGAACGUGCAUGCUGGAAAACUAUAUAAAUGUCAGGAAUGUGACAAAUACUUUACCCGGGGCUCAUCUCUUAGAGCACAUGAGAAAAUUCACACUGGAGAGAAACCUUUCAAAUGUAAAGAAUGUGGUAAGUCCUUUUACAUGUUGUCCCAACUUAGAAAACAUGCCAGAACACAUACUGGAGAGAAACCAUACAAAUGCAAGGAGUGUGAGAAAUCCUUUACCCAGUGUUCAACCCUUAGAAUACAUCAGAAAAUUCAUGCUGGAGAGAAACCCUACAAAUGUAAAGAAUGUGGUAAGUGCUUUUAUAAGUUGUCAUACCUUAAAGUCCAUUACAGGACUCAUACUGGAGAUAAGCCUUACCAAUGUAAAGAAUGUGGUAAGGACUUUUCCCAGUUAUCCUGUCUUAAAAGCCAUGAAAGAAUCCAUACAGGUGAGAAACCUUACAAAUGCAGUGAAUGUGACAAAUCCUUUACACACAGCUCAACUUGUAGGAGACAUCAGAGCACUCAUGCUGCAAAGCUCUACAAAUGUGAGGGAUGUGACAAAUCCUUUGCCAAACAGUCAUCUCUCACAACACAUCAGAAAGUCCAUGCAGGAGAGAAACCUCAUGCUUGUAAAGAAUGUGGUAAGGCCUUCUAUCAACUAUCACAUCUCAAAGUUCAUAACAGAAUCCAUACUGGAGAGAAACCUAACAAAUGUGAUCAGUGUGAUAAAUCGUUUACAAAAUGUUCAUCUCUCAGAACACAUCAGAAAAUUCAUGCAGGAGAGAAACCUCAUGCUUGUAAAGAAUGUGGUAAGGCCUUCUAUCACUUAUCACACCUUAACAUCCAUUACAGAACUCAUACCGGAGAGAAACCUUACAAAUGUAGUGAAUGUGACAAAUCCUUUACCACAUUGGCAAAUCUUAGAAGACAUCACAAAAUUCAUACUGGGGAAAAAACUUUCCAUAAUAAAUAAUAUGGUGUAUACUUUUUCCAGAGCACUGUCCUUAGGGACAACUGCAGGUUUCAACCCAGAGAAACAUGAACAUGAGAAACCUGGGAAGGCCUUUAUGGAAUGUUUAAAUCUUAGAAAAUAUCAAGAGUUUAUACUGAGGAAAAUUCUGAAAUGUUACACUAUUGGAAGUCUGUCAUUAAAACAUUUUACUUGUUCAACCUCCAAAAAUUCAUACUGAAGACAGUGUGUCUUAAUCUAAAGAAUGUCACCAAGCCUUUAAAAGUUAUUCCCUGAAAUGACAUACAGCAGAAAAUUCAAUUAGAAAUCAUAUACAUGUUUGCCAUUGUGCUAUAUUCAUGUCUCGAUGCACACUAGAAAUUCUU